AUGUCAGAAAAAACACAAGGACAAAUAAAUGUUACAAGUAUUGCUUCUCAUACAAAUAUAGAGAAUCAUGAAGUUGAUUUAGCUGCUUUAAACUCAAAUCCAUUGUCUAUUGGUGAAGUUGGUACUACUUUGACUAAUGCUCAAAAAGAUAUUGUUUUACAUAGAUUACAUUUUGAUGUUUUAAAUUCAUUUGAAAAAUUACCUCCACAAGUUACUUUUAUUUUUGAAAAAAUUGAAGAAAUUAGUAUUCCAGAAAGUAUUGAAAUUUUAAAAAAGGCUAUAAAAGAACAUGAAAAUGAUGUCAAUAUUAUUGACGAUGAUUUAAAUUUAUGGAAGGCAUUAGUUGCUUACCAUGGACCAGAAAGAGAAGAUUAUGAUGAUAUUGAUGCUACAACAGUUGAACAAUCAAGUGGUAUUACCAAAAAAUUAGGUUCAGUUUUUCAUAUCAACAAAAAACAAGAAAGCACCAAGGAGAAAUCUGGUCAAUUUGUUCACACAGUAAAACCUGUUUCAAGCAACGAUAAGUCAUCCGAUGAUGAAACAAACGACAUUCAUGAACACAAAAUUGAUUACUAUAAGAUCACUGACUGGAGUUUACAAGUUAGAUUAGAAGCUGUUAUUAUUGCUUAUUGGUCACCAUAUCCUCAAGUUAGAGCUGUUACAGACCCAUUUGAUGAUCCAACUAUUCCUGUUGAAACCAUUAGAGUUUAUCUUAUUUCAUUAGUUUGGGUGGGUUUAGGUGCUGUUAUUAAUCAAUUUUUUUCUGAAAGAUUUCCAAGUAUUACUUUAGGUAUGUCAGUUGUUCAAGUUUUCUUGUAUCCAAGUGGUAAAUUUUUAGAAUGGUUAUUACCAAAAAAGAAAUUAAAGUUAUGGAAAUUUUCAAUUGAUUUAAAUCCCGGUCCAUAUAAUUAUAAAGAGCAAAUGUUAGCUACAAUCACAUGUGGUGUUUCAUCUGGUACAAGUUAUGUUAGUACAAAUAUUUUAAUGCAAAAAUUAUUUUAUGGUAAUACUUGGGUAGAUUGGGGUUAUCAAAUUUUAUUAACUUUAUCAACUCAAUAUAUGGGUUUUGCAUUAUGUGGUAUAUUGAGAAGAUUUGCAGUUUAUCCAGUUAAAGCAAUGUGGCCACAAUUUUUACCAACUUUGAAAUUAAAUAAAGCUUUAUUGACUCCAGAAAAGAAACAAACUAUUAAUGGAUGGAAAAUUUCUGGUUAUAAUUUGUUUUUCAUAACAUCAGCAAUAUCUUUCGUUUAUUUUUGGGUACCAAAUUAUUUAUUUGCAGCACUUUCUCAAUUUAAUUGGAUGACAUGGAUUGCUCCAGAAAAUAAGAAUUUAGCCAUUGCCACUGGAAGCUUUGGUGGGUUAGGUGUGAAUCCAAUUCCUUCAUUUGAUUUCAAUAUUAUUGGUACUGCUGGUUUUUACUAUCCAUUUUAUUCAACCUUAAUUAAUUAUAUUGGUAUGUUGGUUUCAUUGUUGGUGGUUGUUGCUGUUUAUUUUAGUAAUAUGUACUGGACUUCAUAUAUUCCAAUUAAUUCAAAUUAUUUAUAUACAAAUAAAGGUGAAAGAUAUAAAGUUUCUGCUGUUGUUAAUGAGCAAAGUUUGUUUGAUCAAGCAAAAUAUGAUGAAUAUGGUCCACCAUUUUAUUCAGCUGGUAAUUUGGUAAAUUAUGGUUCCUUUUUCGCUAUUUAUCCAUUCCAUUUUGUUUAUGAAGUUGGUACAAAUUUUACAACGAUGUAUGAUGGGUUUAAAUCAUUAUUUGAAGGAUUGAGAAAUUGGAAAAAAUCGAGUUAUGAGGGAUUCGAUGAUCCACAUUCAACUAUGAUGAGAGCUUAUAAAGAAAUUCCAGAAUGGUGGUAUUUAGCUAUAUUAGUUUUUUCAUUAGUUUGUGCUAUUUUAUGUGUUAAAGUAUACCCUGCUGAAACUCCUGUUUGGGGAAUCUUUUUUGCAUUAGCUAUCAAUUUUGUAUUUUUGAUUCCUUUAACUUCAAUUGCUGCAAGAACUGGAUUUUCAUUUGGAUUAAAUGUCUUGGUUGAAUUAAUUGUUGGCUAUGCUAUUCCAGGUAAUGGAUUAGCUUUAGCAUUUAUUAAAGCCUUGGGAUAUAAUAUUGAUGGUCAAGCCAAUAAUUUUAUCAAUGAUUUAAAACAAGGUCAUUAUGCUAAAAUCCCACCAAGAUCAAUGUUUAGAACUCAAAUAUUAUCUGUUUUGGUGACUGCUUUUAUUCAAUUAGGAAUUUUGAAUUAUCAAAUUACUGGUAUUAAAGAUUAUUGUGAUCCUUUAAAUAAACAAAAAUUCAUUUGUGCUGGUACAACUACUUUCUUUAAUGCAUCAGUUUUAUGGGGUGUUAUUGGUCCAAAAAGAGUAUUUGAUGGUUUAUAUCCAGUUUUAAAAUAUUGUUUCUUAAUAGGAUUUUUAGCUGGUUUAUUAUGUAUUGCUAUUAAAAAAUACGCACCAAGAAAAUGGACAAAAUAUUUUGAACCAGCUAUCUUCCUUGCUGCAUUUUUUUCAUGGGCUCCAGGAAACUUAUCUUAUUCCACUGGUGGAUUAUAUUUAGGUUAUGCUUUCAUGCAUCAUGUAAGAAGAAAAUAUGAAGCUUGGUUUGGAAGAUAUUCAUAUCUUUUAGGUAGUGGUAUUGACUCAGGUAUUUCUUUUGCUGCAAUUAUUAUGUUCUUUGCAGUUCAAUAUAAAGAAGUUGAUAUUGAUUGGUGGGGAAAUAAUGUUCCUUUUGAAGGUUGGGAUUAUGCAUUAAGAGUUAAAGGAGCAAGGUACAAUGCUACCUUACAUGCUCCAGAUGGUUAUUUCGGUCCAAGAAUUGGUCAUUAUCCGUAG